ACUGAGCGGAUGUGGUGGUGAGAUGGAUGGAACUUCGUCGUUUCCCACGGGUGUGAGCGAGCUGUCUAAAUACAGAAGCAGACACAGUGUGAGAUCGCAACCUCCCCUAACUCUUAGGUCUACAAACCCUCCAUAUCACCGUCCUCUAUCUCCACAAUACUAUCAGGGCUGCUGCCCGUAUAAACACAACAACACACAACAAUCCGGAGCUCAGAAUAGAUCCCUGGGACACUGGCUGCUUAUUCCAAUAAAGGUUGGGGCCUCCCAAAUUUCAAGAUGGCGAUCGAGGCAGUACUGUACAACGAAUCCACACGCAAGAAAAAUCUGCGCCUUGGUAUAUACAAUAAUUUUUCCCAAGAUGUGUCUAUUCACUACUGGCUUGUCAGUUCUUUAUCCCACGCAUCGCGAACGCAGGAUAGGCGUGGAUGAAAUGCUAACCUGCCCUUUGUUCAGCAUUCUUAUGCUGGUUCAUCAUAAUAUUCCUAUAUUUUUCAAGCCCGAAAAGAGGGGAGGGAAGAUGUAUUUGGAGCACAAAGGCUAGUCCCCUAUAUCCCAGCACAGGCAUAUGCAAAAGUUUUCUAUAUACCCGCCCCAGAUCCCUGGCAGAGCUCUACGUUGAAGGGUGUGUAGACACUGGGAACUUCUCGGAAACAAUACGGUAAUCGCAUGGCCUCCAUUAAAUCAAUUGUUAAAAGAGUUGAUAUGUAUAUGGAAUUGGGAUCGGAAGUGUGUGGACUUGGAGCUAUUGUGGGCAGCCUGAUGUCGCUUGCGUCCUAGAUGGAAUGUGUGUAUUGAGGAUGACGUCCUCAAUAAAGCGCUGGCCUGGCUUGUCU